AGCUAAUUUUAGAACGUGUCUUUUAUAUUAGAUGGCGGUAAAAAUUGUAAGUUUGAUUUUAGCAUGAAACACCGCUAUCUACUCAUUUUAUGUGCAAUUUUCUUGUAUAACCUAGAAUCUUGACACUGUAAGCACGGCGUUGUGUGAAUGUGAACGGACAAAUUAACGCCGGACAAAGUAUAAAAACUAUUGUUUGAACGUUAUUUAAGUGAUAUUAACGGAUUUGUUAUCGUGGUGAAAGAAAGAAUUAAAUCGAAUAGCCGCGGGUAGGAAAAGCAUGAAAUUGACAUAAAUAACGUAUUGGUUUUCGUAUCCUGUCGCGGUAUUUCUAAACGCGGGUUGGUUCUUUGUCCCCCUCCCACCCUUUGGAACCCAUCCGAAAAUCGCGCAGCAUCCUUGCGCGCGAAACACGCGUAUGCCGGUGGACGCACAUUGUGUGCCUGUACUACGUUGUACAUACCUGUGAAUAGUGUAUUUUAAGCUUUAGUUUUACGGGAUGAGUGUGUGAAAAAUCGGAGCGUGCAUAGUAACCAUAAAGAGAACGAAUAGUAUAGAACUUUAAUCAAACGAUAUUUAUCAAUCGGUGAUCAUUCGGAGUAAUCGUAGCCGGAGUAAAGUUUGUAUGUAAUAUCGGAAAAGGGAGGACCUCCAUUAUUGUACCUGGUAUCAUUUCGGAAAUGAAUUUCGUAACAUCGGUGACAAUACGAGGAAUCUGAAUUUUGCGGAUCUUUUGCUUCACCUCCCCCUCUCUGCUUUCCUACCCCUAAUUCCCUCCCGUCCGUCGAUGAACAAGCAGUUGUCGUUUUUUGCAUGUUUCACUUUUUUUUUCCUUCGACAUCCCCCCAGUUUCGUUCGUUCGUCGUCGAAGCUGUUGUGCCGUUUGGUAAAACUUAAAAAGCCAAGUAGAUUAAGCUGUGUUAAGUUGAACAAUUCUCUUUGUGUUCUCGUUCCUCGUUGUCCGGCAGUGUUGUCAAAAUUCCGGCAGCACCGCUCGCCCAGCUGCCAUUGCUGUACUGUCUGGCGUUCAAUCGCAGUUUCAUAAAUACGAUACUUUUUUUCCGUCAUUAUUCUCGUUGUUGUCGUCGUCCGUCGUCCUCGUCGUCGUGGAAGCAGCGGAGAUGCCACACUGUUGAAAGUCACACGUAGAACAUGCCCGCAGAACAGACGUAGCGGGCGAUUCUACCUUUAGCUCCAGACGCCGGUUCUGAGCGAGCUAACCUUCACAGUGAGAGUUCCUCUUAUCUGUUUAAUCAUCGUUCAUCGAGCCCGAAGCAUCGGUACAGAUUGACAGAACGAUGAAGUGGCUUGGUGCGAGUAGCGCUGGUGCCGCAGGAGAACCGGCACCUUCGAUGCAGUUGCACCAUCCUUCCGCGAAUGGACAUAUACCCACGGAUGCAGAACAAUGUGGACAAGUAAUGGCUGGUGGCGAUAGUAUGCGUAUACAACCUGGUCAAACGCAUCAGAUAGGUGUAAGCAGAACUCAAGAUGAUGCCAUGGUGGGUUAUGUAUUUCAACGACCUACAGAAGCAGAAUUUAAUGCCCAGUCUUCAGCUUUUCAAACAAAACAAGCCCCGCGUGCAUGGGCUCUUGCAGAUGAUGCUAUUAUUGAUAAUAAUCCAGAGAAGUGGAAAUAUCCUAUUACUAAAUUGAGUAUGCCACAGCAGAAUCAACCUCAACAAUUGGGUCUACAAACUAUGAACAAUGUGCAUCUACCAUAUGAAAUACAUCCAAUGCAACUAAAAAGUGGAGCACCAGGAGCAGAACAUUUAAUUUAUCUCAAUAAUCAGAUGACAGCUCAGCAACAGGUUGCUCUAUUUCAUCAUCAGCAACAGCAACAACAGCAACAGUUCAGGAAUGGCCAGCUCGCUCCCUCGGCAAAAAAGCUCUGGGGCGUGGACGAGGGUGGCUCCAAGGACGAAGGGGGUGUAAAAGGUGGUGGGAUACUUCACCUGGGCGACCACCAGAUGUGGCGAGAUUCUACCUGGAGCACCUCAGAUCAUGCCGUUUCACAACCAAUAUCCAUGGGCACAGGUAGACGUGUGGGUGUUGGGACUGGUUAUCACCAUCAAACAUCUGAAGUUGGGACAGUCCUCAGCCCUAGAAGCAGCGAAACUGGCGGUCUGGGGGUUAAAAUGGUCGAGUACGUCCUUGGAUCAAGUCCUACGACGCCCAAAGAUUUGGAACCCAGAAUGGUUUCUUUGAGAUUGAACACCGAUUCAGAUAAGAAGGAAAAAGAGAAGGGCUCGGCAAGUCCUUUCGACAGUUCUAAAGACGAUACAGGACCACAGAACAACGGAUUAGCGUCUCAAAAUGGUCUCGACGACGACAAAGGAUUCAAUCGUACGCCAGGUAGUCGUCAACCCUCGCCAGGCGAAGAAGAGUUCCAAAAGAAUGCAGCAGCGACCCUGGCUGUGAGCGCUGGGGGUGGCGGGGUCGUGCUGCUGAAACCCGGGGUCGACGUGGUCGGAAGCGAGGAACAUUUCAUGGCUGCUUUCGCCCCGGCGCCGCCUCAUCAUUUGCAACAUCAUCAGGCACCACCAACGCAUCAUCUUCAGCAUCCGCAUUCUCAUGCCGCCCAGCUCUUUGGUGCACAGGCACCUCCGCCCCCGCAGGGUCCUCCGCCAUCGCAGCAACAGCAACAGCAACAGGGACCCCCUCAGCCUCAAGACACAACCACUCACUUUGAUGUACAGCAACUGUUUCGUAGUCAGCCGCAAGGAGCGACGCCACAGCAACUACAGUUGUUACAACAGCAGCAGCAGCAACAGCAACAGCAAUACUUGGCCGCAUCGCAGGCUCAACAGCAACAGCAGCAACAACAGCAACAAAACUUUCCCACGGCACCUUAUACCGUGAUCAGCGGGCAAGAACCAUACGUCGGUGCAUUGAUAGCUGGAGCACCACCUCCAGUGGUACCACAGUAUUAUGGAGUCGCGCCAUGGGUUUAUCCAGCCGGAUUGUUGCCCCAAGCACCACCUCAGGCUGCGGCUCCACCGCCACCCAGGCGACCACUGACACCAUCCUCGGCUGCAGCGGCAGCAGCCGCCGCCCAAGACACUGCAAAUAAUUUGGCACAGACGGUUCAAGGCCAAUAUCAGGUGAUACCAGCGUAUUACGAUCAAAAUGGUUCCAUAGUGAUGGGAGGGGUGCGUGGUCUAAGCUCCGCAGCAACCCCCAUGAGAUUAGUCAGUCCAGCGCCAGUUUUGGUAAACAGAGCUCCGUCACAACCACCACCAGGACCACCGGCUCCUCCACCACCGAGUCUUUAUUCACAGCCGACACCGACGUCCCAUAGUAAUGCGACACCCGGCGAAUGUUUGGGUCUUGGUCUUGGAGCUUCGUCGACUGCCCGAAGAGACUCGUUUGAUAGAAACACCUCGGCUUUCAGUCCCAGUUUGGAAUACAGCCGGGCUAAGUGGCCUCAAAGUUACGGAGCUCUUGGGACGGUAACGGCAUCACCGAGCCCAUUAGGAUUAUCCUUAACACCACCUCCAACUUUGGGAGGGUCUUUAGGCGGAUUGGUCGGCGGGGCUAGUCGCGUGUCUGCUGCUCCUGGCGCCGAAGCCAAAUUCCGUGCCAGCGCAGUUCCAGCUCUAACAGCUAAUGGAGUUUUUGGCUCUAGUAGUUCUCUUUUCCCUAACCUGGUAGGCAAACCUGGCCGCGGUGGUACAACUAGCAUCGGCGACAAAAAUGCCGGAGGACGAUCGCGUUUAUUGGAAGAUUUCAGAAAUAACCGAUUCCCGAGUCUUCAGCUACGCGAUUUGACCAAUCACAUAGUCGAGUUCAGCCAAGAUCAGCAUGGUUCUCGUUUCAUUCAGCAGAAAUUAGAACGUGCCUCAGCCAGCGAGAAGCAACUCGUGUUUCAAGAGAUUCUCACAUCUGCUUAUUCAUUGAUGACAGACGUAUUUGGGAAUUACGUUAUUCAAAAAUUCUUCGAGUUUGGCACACCGGAACAAAAGUCUACUCUGGCUCAAAAAGUGCGAGGACACGUACUGCCUUUGGCACUGCAGAUGUACGGCUGUAGAGUGAUUCAGAAGGCUCUCGAAUCGAUCGGACCCGAACAGCAACAAGAGAUUGUCCGAGAACUGGAUGGACACGUUUUGAAAUGCGUUAAAGAUCAGAAUGGUAAUCACGUCGUGCAAAAAUGCAUCGAGUGUGUUGAACCACGAGCAUUGCAAUUCGUAAUCGGAGCAUUCGCCGGACAAGUUUACUCGUUGAGCACUCAUCCUUACGGUUGUAGAGUGAUCCAACGUAUUUUAGAACAUUGCACUCCUGAACAAACUCAGGGCAUCCUUCAGGAGCUACAUGCUGCCACUGAUCAACUCAUUCAGGAUCAGUAUGGCAAUUACGUUAUCCAGCAUGUACUUGAACACGGAAAACCGGAGGACAAGACACAAUUAAUCAGCAGCGUUAGGGGUAAAGUACUUACUCUUUCUCAACAUAAAUUCGCAAGCAAUGUUGUUGAAAAAUGUGUAACUCAUGCUACGAGACAAGAACGUGCUGUACUCAUUGAAGAAGUAUGCGGCUUUAACGAUAACGCACUGAACGUAAUGAUGAAGGAUCAGUAUGCCAACUACGUGGUGCAAAAGAUGAUCGACGUGGCGGAACCAGCCCAGCGUAAAGUAUUGAUGCACAAGAUCCGCCCACAUUUAGGUAGCUUGCGCAAGUACACCUAUGGCAAGCACAUCAUUGUCAAACUAGAAAAGUUCUUCAUGAAAACCGCGUCCGCGAUGGGAGUGACUACGCCUGCUGGUGCUUCAAGCGGUGGAGGCGAUCUUGGUCCGAUCGGACCGCCUGCUUCUGCUGCUGGUCCCGUUUCUACGCCAGCUCAGCAGCCAACGCAGGUUUUGUAAAAUGCGUACGAUUGUCGUGGAAAGUAACAACUUCAAAGAUGAUCGUACGAUUUAAAAAAAAGAAAAAAAUCAAGCAAACGCGUAUCAAGACCUACGUAAUAUUUAUUGCAACGUAUCUAUCACCAUUAAUUUAAUAGACGAAGAAGAAAAAAAGAGGAUGCAUUUUAGCGUGCCGUAUGUAUCUCGUUGUCCCUUCUUGAGAUCGUGAAACCGAAAGGAAGAAAGUAAACCAAAUUUCAGAUAAAAGGGGAAAGAACUAUUAAAAAACGGAAGAAACGAUUUUUCUUAUUUUUGCAAAACUGUGAACAAAAGGGAAACCAGCGAUUUGUAUAGAAAACGUAACGAAGAAGAGGGACAACGCGAGAUCACGGUGUAAGGAAAGCAAAAAAAAAAAAAAAACUAUUUCAAGGUCAAAUGUGUGUCGGAAAAAUCAAUUUUUGUAGAAAUAACGUUAGAGGUGCAGUGGCAUUUUUUUCUAUUAGUAAUCGUCUAACGUGCUGCCGAGUUAAUAUACUACUGAUAGUGAUUCGUAUUGAAAAUAACGCAAAGAAAGUUGCACCACGAUAUUAACACUUCGAAAACCAACGUUCCUUCGUUAAGGUUGGGACGAGCUUUUUAAGCAGCUGUAAAAGAAACUGUAGUGCUGAGAUGGCUAAUUGUCUUUUAACGUCAUUCAUUUGAUCGAUAAGUUUUCAGCCGCAUUUCCUGUACUCGCUAACAGAGACAUCUUUUGAAAUUUCUCAAAUAGACCAACCCUUCUCUAUCCGAUUCUAAUUAUCCUUGUACUUAAAACAUCUGUCAUAAUCUUUUUACAGAUACUUGUAGGUACAAGAACAAUUAGAGUCAAACUAGAGGAUUAAGAAGAAGAAACGGAGAACGCAAGGACUCUAUAUAAUUUCAGAAGAUUUGUUUAGCAGCAAGUACACGAAAUGCCACGGUACCAUUUUCUUUUCUCCUGCCAUUUUUAACAUGGUCUCUAAUCCUCCUAUACAUUUUCCUUAUUGUAAAAUACGAAACAUUCAUUUUUGACAAAAGAGACGCUCUAAAAGAAAGAAAUCGUUUAUAUUCGGAUUCAUCUAAAUUAUCCGCCCCUUCUCGAUCAAACCGUAUAUAUAUAUAUAAUAACCAAACACCCCUCCUUUUCUCAUUUUAAAUAAUCAUAGACCACACAUGGUGAUUAUUUAAACAUAACCCAUUGUAUAUUGUAUAAAUGAUAACGUGUUCUUUGGAGGAUAGAGAAACUCGAAGAACACGUAUGUAUCUAUAUAUCUUUUUCGCGUCAUUUUUCCCCUCUGACCUUUUACACGUUCACGCAUUAAGAAACGUAUACACACGUACACGCAUACACACGCAUUGAGUAUUUCGAUUGUAUUUAUAAUACCGAUCACGUAAGACGGUUGGAAAGAGCACCUCUCAGCUGUUUUCAAUAACACUGCACUUGUACCUUUUGUCGGAAUUCCGGAAAGCUAUGGCAAGAGAAAGAACACGCAUCCCUUGUUUCCUCGAAUCUUUUUCUUCUUUUCUUUUUUUUUAAUUUUCACUUUAGUUUGCUUUCGGUUAGCUUCGUUCAUAUCGUGCAUGCAUCGUUAUUUUUCUUUUUCUUUUUAACGUUCCUAAUUUCCCGUCUGUAAUUAUAUGUAUCUGUACGCACGAUGAAACCGCGUUAUCGAUUCCAUCGUGUCUCCGAAAGACGAUCUUCUUUUUUUCACAUGUUUCAUCGUAAACAAUCAUUUUUUUUUUCUUUUGUUCUUUUAAUCCUUUUCAGGCAACGUUUAUACGUUUCCUGAUGAGUAGGAUUUUGUGUUCAUUCAAGACGUAUCCUUUGAGGGGAAAGAAAGAAACAAAAAGAGAGAGGUUGAGGUCACAAAGAGAGAAGGCAGUGUUUCGUUGUUGGAAUUAUUUCAUUUGCGAAGAAUUCUGAGAACGAAGCAAGAACAGCAGCGUUUUCGAAGCAGAACGUUACAUCGAAAUUGCUUCACGAGUUGUGUGUGUAUAUAUAUAUUAAUAAUUAUUCUUUGUCGAGACGUUCCCUCGAUGAUUGUACAAAAUCUCGCCAAGUUUUUUAAAUUCGACGCUCGUACGCGCGACACAUUUUCUCUCAAUUUGUGUUUCAAAUACAGACACAAAAAGAAAAAAAAAGAACACACGUUACGUACUGAAAUCCAGAGAAAGUAGUUGGUUGCGUGUUGCCAGAUUCUCGUAUGACCGAAUAGGUAAUGAUAAGAUCGAAUUGUAUUUUAACCGUGUACAAUGUAUAAUAUUUUGUUAACUUAGGUGUUAAAUAUGUAGAAUUCUAAACAAACAAAGAAACGAAAGACGAAUGAAACAAACAAAGAGAGGAACGAGAAAAGAAAAGAAAGAAAGGGACAGCCGUAAAUGCAACACGAGGUCCUCACGUUGCGCGCGAUUUUGUACAAACAAACGAAUAAAAAGAAAGAAGGAAGGCAAAAAACGAGCAAAAAAGGAAAAAGAAGAGGAAGAACAUAUAUAUUAUAGCAGAUUUCUUUGUAAGAUAUUGUAAAUAACGAUUUAUUAACGAAAUUGACAAAUUCUUAGGUAAUCCUUUCUCUCUUUCUCUUUCUUUUUCUCGCGGGGAUUAUUUGCCGUUAGUGACGCGACCGAGUUACAACUAGGAACAAUAAUGAAAACUAAAGAUAAACAAAUGUUUAUGAGGGAAAAAUGCGUAAAACGCAAUUUCUAUCGGGUUUCAAGGAAUUUUUUUUUUUUUUUUAAUUUUUAAUUUUUCUCAAUCGUACCCGACUUGAUUGUUUGAUAAAUUAAGUACUGGUACUCGUGGAGAUACGAUGAUAACGUAUGCGGUUGACUAUUUAUUUCCUCGUCCACACGGAUUCGAUCUUGAAUUUAUAGGAAAUCGCUGAGAGGAGGCUGCUCAUUUUUUUUUUUGGAGCCGUGAAAACAGGGGAAAAAAAAGAAAGAAGGAAAGAGUCGAUAUGUAUGAUAUAACGAGUGAUUAACGCAAGGAAGGAAGAAAGAAAGAAAGAAAUUCAAUAUAAAUACAGACAGAGACAUUCCAACCGCCACCUUUUUUUUCACACUCCCUCCCCCUCAGUCGACAGGAUAUAUAUACUCGCUGUUAAAAAACCGCGGAUUACGUGAAUAUACCACGUUGUUUAACUGAUAUUUAAAUAAUAAGGAACGAUGAUAGUGUUCCAUUCAUCUCUGUAAAUUGCGCGCAUCAUUUGUAAAUUAAACGUCGGAAUUAAACCAUCCCCCUCAUUUUUGUAAUAGAAAGCAUCGAUAUAUCACCCCUGUCGAGUUUAGCAAGGUUUAACAUUGAUAUGGAAAUGAAGAAAAAAAAAAAAAAAUGAAACUGAAGUCAUGUAAUAACAGAAGCGAAAAUUGAACGCAAAAUCUCAUGUCUUUAUCAGCUAAGAUUUAAUUACUAUUAUUAUAUUUUUAUUAUAUUAUUAUUAUUAUAUUAUGAUUCUUAUUAUUAUCAUUAUUACUAUAUUAUUAUUAUUACUAUAAUUAUUAUCAAUAUUGUUUGAUUAACGACCUUCCCUAUAUUGAUUAUUAUUGCUAUUACUAAUGAUUGCUAGGUUCACACUUCUAUAAAAAAAGAAUAUAUGUAUAUGUAUAUGCAAACACGAGUGAGGACAAAGAUAUUUAAGGCUUUAUACAUUUAAUAUGGACACGUUUUCCUUUUACAUAUUCGAUUGUAUGAUUUUGGUCAUUUGAAAGAUUUCAACAAGGUAACGAUACGAUUCUCUUUUACUUUCGCUGGAAAUUAAAUACAAAUGUUUCAUGAAAAUAUUGACCAUCUGAUUGCUGUCGUGUUAUAUGUAUAUAUAUAUACAUGUAUGUACACAUCUCUACUUAAGCUUCUGAGGAAUGAAAAGAAAUUCUUAAACGAUUUUUGAUUAUAAAUAGUGUAAAUUUUUUAUAUAGCGCGAGAAUGAAAUAUUACUGGUUGCGCGUGGCACCAUGUAUAAAAUGAAAAAAAAAAAAAAAAAAAAGCGAAAAAAUAAUGGAAAAAUGGUACACGUUCACAUAACACGCGUUCACUACACACGUUGGUCUUUCGAUCUUUUUUAACUUGUACUUUUCCUUCGUCAUUCGCUUUUUUUUUCUGUUUCUGCAUUACGGAUUGUGCGAACCUCAGAUCCGUCUGCGAAAUUUAUAAUCGUAAAGAAAAAAAAGAGUAAAUAAAACCGUGUACAUCCUGUUCCUCGAGAGCGUGUACUCGUUGUAAAAUAUGUAAAAGUGCGAGUCGUGAUUCAGUAUUUUCUGUACACACGGUGGUUUUUUGGUAUAUCUUUUGUAAAUUUCUGUGCGAUUAUAUAUAUAUAUAUAUAUAUAUGCGUGCGUACGAUUCGUCGCCUGGGAAAUGGAACAGAUAUUUUUUUUUUCUUUUUUUUUUUGUUAAUAAAGGAUCCGAAUUCGCGGAAUUUGUAACGCUAUAUGUAAAAGGAUAUCGAACUUACUCUUGCCUGUGUAACACAAGAACAAGAAAAAGAGAGAGAGGGACGAUCGACAGGUUCAUUCGUUUCUCUCUGGCAACGCGUGAACAUUAUUUUUUUGGAAAAAUUAAUUGGGUGAAAAACACUGAAAUUGGCUGAACAUUCACGCAUAUUGAGUAUACUAUCAUAGGGGCAUCUUUGCACUGUUAAUAUCCCUGUAUAUAAUGAAUUCGAUGAAUUUUACUAUUAUUUAAAUUAAAAUUCGAGUAAAGUGCCCGACGAAGUUGUGUAAUUCGUUAAUUGGAGAGGAAUUGACUCGCAUCGUUCGCACUUAGAUUUUCUUCUGUAUUGUAUUUAGGAAAAAAGAAAAAAAAAACGGUAUUCGAGCUGUACUUGCAUGUAACGCACGAUUUUUU